CUCUCUUCUCUCGUGGCUGGGCUGCGCAUGCGCAGUUGCCGCAGCCCUGGAAAGAUGGCGGAGCCGGAGCAAAGAAAAAAGAUCCCUUUGGUUCCAGAAAAUCUCCUGAAAAAGAGAAAGGCUUAUCAGGCCCUCAAAGCCACUCAAGCAAAGCGGGCACUUUUGGAAAAGAAGGAGCAGAAGAAAGGAAAAGAGGUCAAGUUUAAGCGACUGGAAUGGUUCCUGCAUGAUUCCUGGCGGCAACUACGUGACAGGGUGCGCCUCAGACGACUACAUGUGAAACCUCAUGGCUUGGAAGUGCCAGAUAAACAUUCCUUGGCCUUUGCUGUACGCAUCCAAAGGAUUGAUGGGGUGAGUUCAACAGUGCAGAGAACCAUUGCAAGGCUUCGCCUAAAGAAAAUUUUCAGCGGUGUCUUCGUCAAAGUGACCCCUCAAACGAUAAAAAUGCUCCGUAUAGUGGAACCAUAUGUGACCUGGGGAUUUCCAAAUCUGAAGUCUGUCCGGGAACUCAUCUUGAAACGUGGACAAGCCAAGAUCAAGAAUAAAAUCAUCCCUUUAACAGACAACACAAUGAUUGAGGAGCACCUUGGGAAAUUUGAUGUCAUUUGCUUGGAAGACCUCAUUCAUGAAAUUGCCUUUCCGGGGAAGAAUUUCCAGGUCAUCUCAGAGUUCUUGAGUCCUUUCCAACUCUCAGUAGCCCGUCAUGCUACUAAGAAUAGAGUGGGUUUCCUCAAGGAGGUGGGCUCGCCUGGCUAUCGAGGUGAAAGCAUCAAUCAGCUCAUCCGGCAGCUGAACUAAACCCAGAAUAUCUGAAAGCAAAGUGCAUUGGAAGCAUGUGUUUUUGUGUUCUCGGGAUUAUCCAGUAUCUGCAGAGAAGAUUAUUUUCCAUUAUAUCUUCAGAAACCACAAAAGACAGUGAUGUUGCUGGCAGGCACUGGUCAUAGCAGCCCAGUUCUAGGGAAGGUUCCUGUGUGUUUUCCAUAUUGGCUGCAACACCACCUCUGUCAUCACCAAAGGACUCUUGCUGCUUUAGGAAGUCUCACUCUGUCACUUCUAUUCUGGGGUUUAAUGCCGGUGAAUGAAUACCCACCCAAACGUGAAUACAGGACAGAAGUGGGCCAAGCCCACAGGUCAUACCUGAACCUGAGGGUUACUAGGGCCUUGUUUUGGAAAGAACUUGAAAUACAAUGAGAAGAGCACAGAAACAGUACUCAGUUGUCUCUACUAUGAAUCCAUGUUCCAACUUUUCAGUGAUAGCUUUGUAAGCUCUCAGACUUGACUGGCUCUAAGUAUAUCUGAUGGCUUCCUUAUCCUAGCCUGCAACUGGCUUAGUCCUUUUUUCUAGCUCAGUUUCCAACCUGUUCUUGGGUCUAAGAAAGGAAGAACCCUUCCUUUCCCCAGGAAAACAUGCAUACACUCAAAUUUUUAUCGGAAAUUUUAGGUGUUCAGAGCCUCUUCUCAGGGAUCCAUGCAACUUAUGUGAAGUCUUUCAUUAUAAGGAUUGGCCCUACCUUGCUACUCCCCUCUGGUUCAAGGUCCUGCGGAAGGCCAUAGUGUACCAAGGUAACUUCCCCCUUUGAGCCAGUUGGGUGUUUCCUAUUAACAUAAUGGUAGAUUGUUGAGCCCCUGUGUCAUUUUUAACUCAGGGAAAUAAAUGCCUCCCAUUUAUUUCUGGGCUUCAGGAUGGGAUUUUCUGGUUUCUCAAUCAGUCCUCUGAUUAAAACAAAUCAGGAAAGACAACUUUUACACUCCAGGCAAGUUAAUUGGACCCCCUCCUUGCAUAUUCUAGACUCCAGACAUACUCUACAGUGCUGAUGCCAAUACCAGGACUCCUGGAGACGCAAGACCUGAAAAGGGGGUCUGAUCCUGCUGAGGUUUAUCACAAGUGUCCACCCCCAAGUGAGCCUUCCCUCUGCUGCUGUUACUCAGUUGCUUCAACUUGGCAUGGAAGAGUUGGUGAGGGUGCGCCAGGCUUAGGUUAAGGCUGGAAAACAUGCCUGGCCACUGUGUGCCUUGGUCCCUUAAGAUCAGCUUUGCUGCAGUUUUGGCUCAUGGGAUCCUCAAACAUAGCUCUGAGAUUGAGUUAGAGGUAUAACGAUGCCAAGUUAUGAAGUAAGUAAGUAAGUAGGUUGGUUGGCUCAAGAGUUAACCUGCCAGGAAUAGAUGUUACAGAUGUUACUCUUACACUCUAAAGCAUUGUGAAAUCAGAUUACUUUAAAAUGGUGUAUGGAAACCCAGGGUUUAUAUCUCAGGUUUGUCUUAUACUGUGGGAAUGUUUCUGCUCUUGCCUGUAAAAUGGAGCUAAUACAGACUAUACUGUCUGCCUCACGUGGUUGUUAAAAGGAUUAAGCAAAAAGUUUUUAACUUACAAUUCUAUGUAAAAUUAUAAAAAGUAUGCUCUAC